AUGAGGACUUUGUCAAGCGAUGGUGUGGGUAGUAUUGAAAAGGAUCGCAUGCGGCGCACACUUUCGUAUGGGGCAGCUGUGACUGUAUUGUCUAUUGCGUUAUAUAGUUUAUGCAAAGAACCUAGUGGCUUUUUCGCUGACAAAUUGUCUGGAUUUUGGACUUCUGCGCAACUUCCAGCGAGUAAGGGCAUUAAUAUGACUUGUUCUGUUGACUCUGCAAGACGCUGCAACGCUUCCUUUGACAUUAUAGAUUUCCCAGUACAGGAGCUUUCAAUGAGGUUUCUUUCUUCGCAGGCGGCGGAAUGGGUUGCUGUAGAACCUGUAGGUGAGGAUGGAUGGGUGUUGCUGAUUUACCUCAAGGGCCGUUUGAUGGUGAGAGCUCUUAGCCACUCUAACGUAAGCAUGAUUUCUUUUGGAAAGCGAUUAACUGGAGAAAGAGUGACUACCUGGUGGGAUAGGAAAGGCCGGUAUGUCUGCGCCAUUUUUCUUGUCAUUAUUGUGUUCAAAUGGGUUCAACUGAAGUGUUUCUCGGCUCGUCAUGUGAAAUACCACAAGAGACUUUAUAGAGGUUUACUUCAAAAGUCGGAUACAAGGAAGAAAAGAGAUUAG